AUGUUUAGCAGUUUUAUUAUCACAACACUGGCUGUGUUUGAGAACCACAAGCGUGAUAAAGAUGAUGACGAUGAUGAUGACAAUGACGAUGGCAAACAUGGUCGCAGAAACAACAACCAUGACAAAGACGAUGACGACGACGAUGAUGAUGAUGAUGAUGAUGAUGAUGUCAAGCAAAAUGUCAGACGUGGCCGCAGAAACAACAACCGUGAUAAAGACGAUGACGAUGGUGAUGACGACGGGGAUGACAAGGACGAUGGCAAACGUGGUCGCAGGAACCACAAACAUGAUAAAGAUGGCGACGAUGCUGAUGAGGAUGAUGACGAUGAUGAUGAGAAACCCUUUUGGUUGAGGCUUAUUCCGUAA